AUGUCUGGUUUUAUAACAAGCUUUCUCAACUUUACAGUCGGGAUACUAUGUGAUAAGAUUCGCGAUGUUACCGCAGGUCGGCUCAGUGAAGGUGACUUGACGGACGAAAAAUUUAGAAAACUAAUUGUUAGAGAACUCGAUGAUAUUAAGUGUAGACUCGAAGGCUUAGCGAGGAAAGACUUAUUAAGCAGUUUUAGUUUCUUUAAAGAGGGAAUCUGUAGACUAAACUUGUGCCUUCAGGAUAAGUACACAAACAAUUCAAGAGUGUCUGAUGUAGAACCAGGCAAUGAUGGAGGGGAAUCAGAAGACGCUACUUUCAGCUCAAAGCGAGAUUCAUUCUUGGAUAGUGCCUUAACACUAUCAAAUAUUAUCAGAGAACUGAAAAUUGAUUCAAAAGAACGCCUUUUAGAUGCUAAGAAAUCGUUCAGAACAUCUCGGGAAGAAGCAACUCGCGCAUUCAAUAAUGUCGCUCUAACCAUUGACGAUCGUAUCAUGGCUAGCAAACUUCGCAUUGCAAGUCGUAUUCUUGAAGGCUUGCAAGACCCGGACGCCGCAGCUCAGGAUUGCUUAUUAUAUAUCGAAGAACUACACAACAUGCCUGCAGUUCGGGAAAUAUUCUCUGUUCAUGUUAAAGGAGGAAUGAAAUCUCGUCUCAAUCAAGCAAAAAGGCUCGAAAAAUCACGAUCAAUAACCACGUUGAAUUUUAUCCUGCUUGAAUUCAUUUCGAAAUUUACAAAGACAUCCGUUGGUUGUUUGAACUGGCCUGUUAUUGAUCUGCGCGGACACACUUUUCAUCCAAUCUUUGACGAUAAUGAAAACUUGGUAACGGUGGAGAAAAGUGGGUUGAAAGCAACUUGGGAAACUACAUUUUCUGAAAGGCUGACUAUCGAAGGAUACCACAGUUGUGCUGUAAAUAGCAAAGGACAAAUAUUUAUUACUGACGGCAAAUGGAAUCGCUUAGCCAGUAUCAAAGUGGUGAAAAGAUCCGGAGAAAUUCAGUUAUUCAGUGAAAAUGUAUUAGAAGAAAAACAGCUGAUGUAUUCGGUAUCCUCUUUGACUAUCGACGCUAACGACGAUAUUUACCUUGGCAUCUGUUGUUUGGAUACGUCCGCAAAUGGCAUAAGAGUGUUGGUAUUUAAUUCAACUGGAAGUAUCAAACGCGAACUCAAGCUACCUAUAGAUGAAUAUUUUGCAAUCGAUUUUUCCAUGAAGGUCACCCAGGAAAGCAUUAUCACAUGUUCCUCCGGAGGACGACUGCAUUUCUUUGACAGCAAAGACAGCAAAUUGAAAGCUUAUUAUUCUCUUCCACAUUACGAUUCAUCGGUAGAGUGUUCAUGCUUAAGUACGUCUGACGAGAAUGAAAUAAUUGUGAAUUAUCCUCGUGGAGAAAGUGUGAAUAUAUACACAGAAGGAGGAGAACUGAAACAAAUUAUCAAGCUUCCAAGAAAAGAUAACACUAAAGAACUAGUCCACACUGUACGAGGUGUCGUAUUUGAUCCUGUAAGGAAACACGUACUCGUUCUCAUUUAUGAUCCAUUCCUCUUUGAUCAGACGAGCUAUCGUUUGUUAGUUUAUUCAAAAUCCAGUGAGUUACUCAACACAUUUCGGUUGGCUAAUUUUCCUGUUGAAGGUCUUGCUCAGUUAACUUCCCAUCCGACUGGACCAAUUGCUGUGAUUGGCUCACGUAAAGCGAUAUUUCUACAUAUUUAA